CCUAAACUUCCUGCUCAUCAUCAUCGUCAUUUUCGAUUUGGAAGGUUUUUUCACGUUAUUUGAACUCCUGUUGAAUAGACCACUACAAUGGCACAACUAUUUCAGAGAUCUAAGUCACCGUCGUUUAUCGCCAGUGUAAUUUUUCUUAUAACUAUCAUAAUGCUUGCGGAAAACACACAAGCACAAACGAAUGCUACGAUGGAGUACCAGAGGGAAACUAUCUCAGAGACAAACUCUGCCACAACCUCACCCACAGACUUGACCACAGGCUCUACCACAACCUCACACACCGACUUGAACGCGAGCUCUACCACAAGCUUAUCCACACCCUCAACCUCAGGCCCUAUCACGACCCCAUCCACACACCCGACAUCAAGCUCUACCAUAGCCACACCCACACCCUCAACCUCAGGUCCUAUCACGACCCCAUCCACACACCCGACAUCAAGCUCUACCAUAGCCACACCCACACCCUCAACCUCAGGUCCUAUCACGACCCCAUCCACACACCCGACAUCAAGCUCUACCACAAGCUUAUCCACACCCUCAACCUCAGGCCCUAUCACGACCCCAUCCACACACCCGACAUCAAGCUCUACCAUAGCCACACCCACACCCUCAACCUCAGGUCCUAUCACGACCCCAUCCACACACCCGACAUCAAGCUCUACCAUAGCCACACCCACACCCUCAACCUCAGGUCCUAUCACGACCCCAUCCACACACCCGACAUCAAGCUCUACCAUAGCCACACCCACACCCUCAACCUCAGGUCCUAUCACGACCCCAUCCACACACUCGACAUCAAGCUCUAUCAUAGCCACACCCACACCCUCAACCUCAGGUCCUAUCACGACCCCAUCCACACACUCGACAUCAAGCUCUACCUUAGCCACACCCACACUCUCAACCCCAGGCCCUAUCACGACCCCUUCCACACACCCGACAUCAAGCUCUACCUUAGCCACACCCACACUCUCAACCCCAGGCCCUAUCACGACCCCUUCCACACACCCGACAUCAAGCUCUACCUUAGCCACACCCACACUCUCAACCCCAGGCCCUAUCACGACCCCUUCCACACACCCGACAUCAAGCUCUACCUUAGCCACACCCACACUCUCAACCUCAGGCCCUAACACGACCCCUUCCACACACCCGACAUCAAGCUCUACCUUAGCCACACCCACACUCUCAACCCCAGGCCCUAUCACGACCCCUUCCACACACCCGACAUCAAGCUCUACCUUAGCCACACCCACACUCUCAACCUCAGGCCCUAACACGACCCCAUCCACACACCCGACAUCAAGCUCUACCACAAACUCAUCCAUAGACUCGACAUCAGGCUCUACCACAACCUCACGUACACACUCGACCACAGGCUCUACAACAACCUCAUCCACACUCUCAACCUCAGGCCCUAUCACGACCCCAUCCACACACUCGACAUCAGGCUCUACCACAACCUCACGUACACACUCGACCACAGGCUCAACUUUAGGCUCAAACACAGGCACAAUCGAACCGCCUUCGUCUUCAUCCCAGGUAGGCCUACGUUCUGAAACAACCAUUGCAACAAUGGCAUCUUCACGGGUUACAACUAAAACACAGGAAACUGCAAAUCUGAACCCCAAAUCUAGCCAGGGAGACGGAGCCGUGAGUAACGACGCAGUCCGUAAACAAAUAGAUGGAAUCGGGUCUAUGGCUGUUGCUGGAUUAUGUCUAGUUGUAGUCAUUCUUCUAAUCAUCGCAAUUAACGGAUUGCUAUUCUUCCGAUCAAAAUUAGGCGUAUACAGUUCACGAAGAGAGGUUCUUCACGCCCUUCAAAUGUAUUUGAUGAAGAAGGACCGUGUCAGUGAGGACGACGUCGAAGAUAACUUCAAAGAGGACGCUGACGUCGACAGGAAAACCAACUCGUCGACUUCGCUGAACAAAGAGAGCCCUGUCGACCAGCCCACUGAGAAGAACGGGGAUGUGCACGUGAAGGUCGAGGUCGAGGACAAUGCAGGGUCUUCUAAGAACAAAAACGAUGACGAAGAAUCUAAAACCCCGGUAGAGAAUGGUGACGGCAAAGACGCAACUGCUCCAGCUGCUGCUGCUGUCGUCGACGAAAGCAACAAACCAGAGGGAAAAUCGAGAAGAAUGAGAUUGUGGUUGAAGUCAUACAUCUUUGCAGGAAAUUCUUCUUCUUCUUCUUCUUCUUCUUCUUCUUCUACUCCUUCUUCUUCUUCUUCUUCUUCUUCUUCUUCUUCUUCUUCUUCUUCUUCUUCUUCUUCUUCUUCUUCUUCCUCUUCUUCUUCUUCUUCUUCUUCUUCUUCUUCUUCU